AUGUCCUUUCCUGUGAAAUUACGACCUCAGGCCAGAUCGGCUUAUCGGGCUGUUCUACGAGCUACGAAGAUUACUUUCAACGGUGACGAACCACGUAAAAUAGCAUUACGAUCACUUCUCCGACAAACGUUCUCUUCACCAACAUUAACUCCUCCUUCUCAACUACCCCAAUCGUCUGCCUCUCGCAUGAAGCCAGAUUCACAACCACAAUCUACUUCGAAAUUUGAAGAAUUGAAUCAGAGGAUAGAAGAAUGGAAAGAAGUAGCUUUAUUCAUUAGAAAGAAUGUUGUCCAAGGUGUUAAAGAUGAGCAAGGUACAUUUAGAUUACGUCUAACGUCCGAAACUGAAUUAGGGGAUAAUACCACUAUUCGUGAUCCACCCAAAUUACCCAAUACACCUUUUCCCCGAGGACGUAAAAAGGAUCACGUCCAGUAA